UAUCGGUCCGAAAAAUAAAAAGAGUUCCAUCCACUUUCUGUGCACAAUUUCAGUGUUUUCAUCUUUUUUUUUUUCUUAAAUGGAGUGAAGGAAAAGAAACCAAUAUUGCAAUUUCUUUAGGGGGCAUGUGGAUGUUUUUCUGUGUUAAAUAAUUUGUGUUGACCUCCAAAAGGCAAUUUAUUGAUCACAUCCCAUAGCACAAGUUUGAGUGCAACAGCAUGCAGAUGCCAUCAGCAUCUUGGCCAAGAGUGGUUCUGCAGUGAGUGCUGAAGUUAACGGUGGCUCUCUACAGUGCUUGAUUUUCUUCUUGCACAUAGCAAAAGAACAUCACAACAUCAUCAAAUUGCUCUCUAAAAUCCAGUCUUCUUGUGACUUCACGCGAAGAAUGGUGCCCAAUUGUUCCAUCAUCAUCUACCCAAAUACCAACCUCGUAGAGUCCCCGUGAUAUUUUUUUUUACAUUCAUAGUGUACAAGGAAAUUCUCAAAAAAAAAAAAACAAAUUUUUCAUCAAACCUUGAAUUGUGUGCUUUAGGCCAAGGAAGACCCUGCGUGCAGCAUACAAAGAACCAUAUAAAUCGCGAAGCUCUUUUUUCGGAAGAAGAAUAAACCAACAACAACAAGAAAAGAAACAUGUAAAAUCUCAAAAGAAGUGUUAAUUAAUUAGUUAUUUGUGCGGAAAAUUCUCUUUGAAUGGCAGCAGAGAGGAAAGGAAGAAAUAUGUUACUUCUUCUAUUUACUGCAUUGUAUCUCGUUGAUCUUAUUCAUGGAAAUCACUUUCAAGUCACACGGAAUUGCAGUGUUAAUUAUAGAGGACAAAAGCUCAAUGAGGGGAAUCUUCAUGAAUUUCUGGACACUCAUGAACGAUUCCUGCUAUUUGGACACAGUGAUAAACAACGUGAUUUAGACUACAAGUUACUCAAUGUGAUAAGAACUACUCGACGAAGAAGAUCAACAGAUCGUGGUAUUCAGAUCAACUGGGAAGACGACGAUGGGAAGGAUGUUGAGUUUAUUCUGGAGAAAUCUCAACAACUGCUGGAUGAAGAUUUUGUCUUCAUCCAUCGAUAUUCCAACGAUUCCAGUAUCAUAGAAGAUUCUAGUGAGAUGCUGGAUAAUGUGACUGAAUGCUUCUACACCAACUCCCAGACUGCCCUUGAUGUCUGUGACGACAAUCUUCGGGGUGUUGUAAGGCAUAACAACAAAGACUUUGUGAUUCACCCUCUACCAGAGAGAUUUGGCAAUGGAAUUCACUUGCUAAUCCCCAGGAACUCAACAGAAAGAUCAAGGAUUAAUCGUGGAGAGAAGUUUUUCGAUGUUGAACUUCUAAGGGGAGACUUCGAAAACAUAGGUCAUAGGAGUAAGAGAUAUAUUUCAGGAAAGAUGACACCACCGAGUGUACUACACGUUGAAACCGCGAUCUUCGUCGAUCGUGAUCUAUUCAGGCACAUGGCAAAGAACUAUCCGAAAAAUACAGAAAUGAAUCUAAUCAGAUUCGUCCUUGCGAUGGUUAACGGCGUACAACUACUCUACCAUCAUCCUUCGCUUGGGUAUCAAAUCAAUUUUGUCCUGAAGCGUUUAGAGAUCUUGCACAACGAUCCUAAAGAUCUCCACAGAUCAAGCGAUAUAGACAUUUUCUUAAAUAGUUUCUGCAUGUGGCAGAGAAAAUUAAAUCCGGCUUUAGAUACUGAUGUCAUGCAUUUUGAUCAUGCUGUAAUCCUCACGGGAUUAGAUCUCUACGUUGUAGGGAAGAACGGGAAGAUCAGUACACAAGUCGUAGGCCUAGCUCCUGUUGCUGGAAUGUGUACACCUACAUCAAGUUGCACAAUCAACGAAGGAAAGCAUUUUGAAAGUGUUUUUGUUGUAGCCCACGAAAUUGGACAUAAUCUGGGAAUGCGUCAUGAUACUUCAGACAACAACUGCGAUCCAUCACUCUACAUCAUGUCGCCUACGCUUGGAAGCGGAAAGAUCACAUGGUCAAAAUGCAGCAGGGAAUAUCUGAACAAAUUCCUGGAAUCUUCACAAGCUCAGUGUCUUUUUGAUCGAGGCCAUUCAGCUCACAGUUUGGACCAUGCAGCCGAGGGAAUGCUUCCCGGAGAAAGAUUUGACGCUGAUCAACAGUGCAUGCUUAAGUACGGCAAGGAUAGUGUAAGGUCCAGAAAUCAACCCUUACCUGACAUCUGCCGGGAUCUUCACUGUCAGAGAGAUCGAUACACUUGGACAUCCCAUCCAGCUCUCGAAGGAACUUACUGUGGCGAGGGAAUGUGGUGCAAAAGUGGCGUUUGCAAACUAAAAGCCACAGCUUAUAUCGAAACUCACGCUAACUUCCACCGUCCCUCGAUGAAGCAUUUCCCCGAAAAGAGUGCUAACUUCAUCGAAACCCAGAAGCUUGGACACUACAAACAAGAAUUCGGAAAAUCCGUAACAGGAUGGAGCGAAUGGAGUCCGCAGAGUGAAUGCGAAUCCGGAUGUUUGUAUGGUGAAUCCGGACGACUCAAAGAAGGAAGUACAGGGCUUAAGGUCUCCACAAGAACCUGCCUAGAUUUACGGGUCAACCGGAAGAAAUGCUUCGACCUCAAUAGACGAUACGAAGCAUGCACACCCAAGCAAUGUUUCAACAUUCCUCGCACAACGGUCAUGGAAUUUGCUAACCAAAUCUGCGAACGCGCAAAGGAAUUUGACAGCGAUAUCCUAGGUGUUGGACUGCAGCAGGUUGCUCUGAAUCCUGAUGACUCCUGCCGUGUCUUCUGCAAAACCAGAAACGGAGUGCCAAAAUCGAAAAAUUGGCUGUUCCCAGAUGGAACGACCUGCCGAAAUGCCGAAUCUGAUUUUGAUGACGCCUUCUACUGCAUCAACGGAAGAUGCCAGAAAUUUUCCUGUGAUAACUCAACCAGCAACCUCUACAAAAGCGAUCCAACCUAUUGCCCACAAAGCCAAAUCCGUGAAGAAGACUCUCAGUCAAAUGCAAGUUCGCCACAAGCUGAAGAACAAGUUCGGGAGGAAGCUAAGCCAACAACAAAUCACAAUGAGAGCUACCAAGAAGAAAUCAACGAAUCGCACAAUGGAGAAAUUGCUCCAGAUUCUUCAUACGUCAAGGCCCAAAUCUACAACAAUUGGCGCAUGAGAAACAGCGACAAACAGUUAAUGCAUGCCAAUCAUCAUCCUUCGAUGAUGUACAAGAACGCACCGGUUCGAAGUGACCUCUGGCAAGUGAAAUCAGGGUGCUACUUCAGUUGCAUGGACAUGUCUAAGGGAAUCCAAGUCAUAGCGUCAACAAUCUCUGGAAUCACCAACAUCCAGCUCUGCUCCCCAGAAGCCUUCCCAUGCGAAAAGAUGCAAACAACCUACGAAUUCUCCAGUAAACUCUGUUCGCGCUACAAAACUAAGGUUAGAGGAUUGUCCGGAAGUGGUAUGCAGAUCUCUCCGAGUGUAGAAGAUCCUGAUCGAAGUUGUAAGGUCGCGUGCCAGGAUGAGUACAUCGGACAUAGGUUCUACUUGGUUAAUGGUGAACAAGGGUUCUUCCCCUUCGGAACGAGAUGUUCGAAAACUGAAAAACGUUUCUGCGUUCGCGGAAGAUGUCUAGAAUUCGGACACGAUAACCUACCCUUGAGGGAAUCACAUUCGAAUUUGGCACUUUUCCACAACCAGAAGCGCCGUAGACGGAAAAGGAGCUUCAUCAACUUUGCUCCAGUCAACAUUACAGAGACCAUCAGUCAGGAGUUACUGGACAAACUUCUGAACAAUAUUAAUUUCUCUAUAGGUUUUGAUCCUCCGGCGGAUGUUGCAGAGAAACAGAUCGACAUGACAAAUCCUAUCUAUUUAUCAGACUUCUUCUAGCAUUUUGCAAAUAUAGAUGAUUCAAUUUAA